AUGCUGCUGGAACAGCUUUGGGACUAUUUCACCGCUCAUCCGCUGCUCAUUCUGGGCACUCUUGGGCUCUUAUACCUUUUGCGUAUCGCGUCGAAGCCGUUGAAUCGGGUCCGUCGACUCGGAGACGUCGGACUGUUUUUCGGGAAGCCAGAGGUGAGAAGAACCAUUCAGAUUAAAGAAGUGGAUAACUGGAAGAGUUUCAGUUGAAAGGAUUCUACAGAGAACGACAACUGGAGAGACUGAAGCUGCUGCGGAGAAUCGGAGACAUGCCGCCGGUGUUUCCGAACGGAUGGUAUUGUGUUUGUGAGUCGGAGAAGUUGGCCAACAAUCAGAUCAUGGAGAUCACGGUGCUCGGUAAGGUUUCCAUGCUACAUGCGACACUACACCCUUUUGCAGGACAGUUUCUGACGCUGAUAAGGUCGGAAUCGGGCGCCGUCUACAUCACCGACUCCUAUUGCCCCCAUCUCGGAGCGAAUUUUAACAUCGGAGGACGGGUAGGCAAUUUCAAUUCACUCUUAUCUCACUGCAAUUGAUUAGGUGGUUCGUGACAAUUGCAUCCAGUGCCCCUUUCACGGAUGGAUCUUCAGUGCGGAGACGGGAAAGUGCGUCGAAGUGCCGUACGACGAGGGACGGAUUCCGGAGCAGGCGAAGGUGACGACGUGGCCGUGUGUGGAGAGGAACAACAACAUCUACCUGUGGUACCAUUCGGACGGGAAUGAGCCGGAAUGGGAGAUCCCGGAGAUCCCGCACGUUGCCGACGGAAUCUGGCCGCUCGGAGGACGGACGGAGCACGAAGUGAUGUGCCACAUCCAAGAGAUCCCGGAGAACGGAGCCGACAUUGCGCACCUCAAUUAUCUGCACAAGUCGGCGCCGCCAGUCACAAAGGGCUCCGACAUCAUCCGGACCGACCUGUCGGAGCUGCAACCCGCCGUGCAGCACGUGUGGGACGGCAAGUGGGAGGUGCGAUCGGAAGAGGAAAAACACUGCGGAGUGAUGCACCUGAACCAGUACAUGACCCUCUGGGGGUUCAAACUUCCGCUGACGGGCAGCAGACUGAUUGCAGAACAGGUCUGGAGACAUGUUCAAGCUCUAGAUUGAAACUUUUUCAUUUCAGCACGGACCCGGAAUCGUACACAUGCUCUUUGACUUUGGCAUUUGGGGAAAAGGCGUCGUUUUCCAGACGGUCACUCCCGAAGAACCUCUUCUCCAGCGUGUUCGCUUCCGAAUCUUCUCCAACAUUCCGUGGUUCUUUGUGAAAUUCUUUCUGACCGUAGAGGCAAUGCAAUUCGAGCGCGACGUCUACGUGUGGUCGAACAAGAAGUACAUUAAAUCGCCGCUUUUGGUGAAGAACGACGGUCCGAUUCAGAAGCACAGAAGGUAUUUGUGCAGAGAAAGAGAAGGACAAUAGUGAAAGAGUGAGUAUUUCAGAUGGUUCUCCCAAUUCUACACUGAAAAUAGUCCGCGUAUGCUGAAAGACGGCAGCCUUUCCAAUCAAGCAAAAUCCGUUCUGGACUGGUAA